CAACGACAUCGUUUCAUCUAGUCCAAAAUCGAAUUUCCUUUUUCUUUUAUCCAAAAAUUGAAUUCAUUAUCGCUUCCACUCAGUUCGAGUCUCGAAGCUCAGAGUAGUCAUCCAUGGCUUCCCUACGCCUUAUUUGCUCCCCGGCCACGACAUGUUUUCCCAUAGAACGACAGCUCUCUUUGACACCUCUUUCCUUCCCCAACAACACUCAAUCCCAUUCCCACAUCUCUUCUUCUCUCUUUAUUCCUUGUAGGUUUCCUUCAAACUCACUUCAACUUUCACCAGUUACGACCAAAAGAGUCAAUAACGAUUUCGCUCUCCAUUCCACUUCCACUUCCACUUCCCAAGAACAAUCUCUCGAGUCUUCUCCAUUAAGUGGUGAUAGUGAAAGCGAAGAACUUGAGUCAGACACCAGGGAAGUUCAUAAAGACAAAUUGUAUGCCGAGAACCUUCCUUUGGAUUACACUUCCCAAGAUGUUCGUACUCUUUUUGACAAGUACGGGACUGUUGUAGACGUUACGCUUCCUAAGAAUCCCAAAAACAGGGGCAUAGCAUUUGUUACAAUGGGUUCACCUGAGGAGGCUCUUGCGGCUCUCAAUAAUCUCCAAUCGUUUGAAGUGGAGGGAGGAGUUUUGAAAAUUGCCUAUUGCAGAAAGAGGCGAGAAGUGACAUUCAAUUUGUUUGUUGGGAAUUUGUCAUAUGAUGCUACAGAUAAAGAUCUCAAAGAGUUCUUUAACGAUGAGGGCCAUAGCGUAGUGUCUACUGAAGUUAUAUUCCGCGAAACUAUACAAAAGUCCUUGGUAUAUGGAUAUGUAUCCUUCAAAUCAAAGAAAGAAGCUGAGGCAGCUCUAAUCUCUGUUCAAGGAAAGGUGUUUAUGGGAAGACCAAUUCGAAUAGAACGCAGUAAAUAUUUUAUUAGAAACAAGCAACCAGCUACGGAGAGUGCAGAGUCCGAACUUACUUCGCCGGAGUUGAAGUCUGGUGUAGAAGAAGCAUAAAUUGCUGAUUUAAGUAUAUAAAGUGAGAUUUUGCUCAAAAGUGACAUCAGGGUUUCAAUAGAUUGAUUGGAAGGAGAAGCUGGAAGAGGGCUGAUUUUGUUGUCGGUGAGAAGUUAUGUGAAGGUUGGUGCUGCUAUUGUCCCUAAAAUUGUGACUCCAUAGUUGGAUGAUAAGGAAAAAGUGGUUCUUAAAAUGUUAACUUCCGUAGUUGAUUUCAACCUUAAAAUGGUUUUCUAGAGCUCAGUUAAAAGCUAUUUUUUUAACUUCCCAUUUUGGGUUUUUAUUAAUAUCAUUUAAAUAUCAUUAUUGACAGUUAAUGUUAAUUUCCUUGUAUAUGCAUUCUUUCAUUUUUACUGUCAAUUAGUGUUGAUACUA